CCCACAUUCUGCUGCUGAGGAGAGAGCACCAUGAUGAGAAGACAGUAGGCACCCACCAUAGUAUGGCCGCGUCCCGCUCUUCACGCAUCACAAGAUCAUCAGUGGGGAUAAAUGGAUUGGAUGAGAACUUUUGUGGUCGAACCCUCAGGAACCGCAGCAUCGCCCAGCCAGAAGAGAGCUCUCUGCUUCCUGUGCCCAGAGCCCGCUCGCCCAAGAAGAAGCAGGACUGUCAGCAGCACCAGCAGAUCGGAGCACAGGUUGGAAAGGUAGCCGAGAGCAAGGCGGAGGGUGAGCCCUUGCCAUCUUAUGGAAAGCGAGGCUUGCCAAGCUCUGAGAAGGACGAGUCAGACAAAUCGGACAGCUGCGAGCAUCCUAGGGCCGGGGGUGGGCCGGAAGCCUCCCCCACCCUGAAGAGGGCCAAACGCUGCCCUCGCUCAGGUGAAUCGCAGGGGGUAGAGGAGGAACCUUCUCUCAAACCGGAGAGCCCUGAUUCCACUGCACCGAAGGAAAAUGACGUGGGCGCAAAAUCGAACUUGUCCUCGGACCCUCCGCUCAGCCUCGACAAAGAGGCAGAGCAUAAAGAGGACGGCCCAGUGGAGGAGAUCGUCCCUCCGCCGCAGGCCGGCGAGAACGUCAAGGCCACCAAUGGCCUCACUGACCUCCAUAAGGAGGACUCAGAAGUUGCAGCCUUACCCCCAGAGCCCUGUGCCUCCCCUGCCAUGCUUAACAACAGUCCUUCACUGUUAAACGGCAGCCAGGCUGCACCCUCAUCCCCCGACCCUAUUGUGCCUUGUAGAUCCCCUCAUCCCAAGCAAGCCAAUGAGUCCGACAGCCCUCAGAUUGACUGUGAGAGGAACUGCACCCCCGAGGAAGCUGCCGAGGUCGUGUUAUCCCGGGAACCCGAGAUGGAGGUAGAGGUGGAUGUCGUAGGGGAUGCCGGCCAGGCUCAGGAUGAGCUCGCAAGAGAGGAGAGCACCAACGGCGGCUUUCAGGCUGAGCCGCAGGACCCUUCUGACAACUACUCGAAUAUCUCAGGAGAAACGGUGGUGCUGACUGCCUCCCAGCUGCCUGCAGAGCCCCCCUCCUUCACAGAGCCUCAAGAACACCGAUACACCCUGAGGACUUCACCGCGCCGCGCUGCCUUUGGUAGUGGGCUCAAAGCCAGCUCCCCCAAACCCAGUUCCCCGCACAUAGACAAUGGUUCGCUGAAGGAGGAGUCCACGCCAGUUUCUCUUUCCUCUAAAGACACCAGCCAUAAAGACCUUCCCCGUGAUGCACUGGGACUUUCUAGCGAGGCAGACAAUGAACUCUCAGAGAAAGCAGGGGUCAGUGGAGAGGUUGGAGUGUCAGAUAGUAGAGUGUUGCGAUCCACCGAAAAGCUGCUGGCCGCUCAGGCUGAGGAAGAUGAGGAGGAAGAGGAGGAUGUCUACUAUUUUGAGUCUGAUCACUUGGCUCUCAAACACAACAAAGAUUAUCAGAGGUUGCUCCAGACCAUCAGUGUACUGGAGGCCCAGCGAACUCAAGCCAUCCUGGACCUGGAGACACUGGCAGGGCAUCAGAAGGAAGCCCUGUCUGACCCCAUCACCUUUGUGGACCAGCUACAGAAACAGGUGGAGAUGGGUCUUCCUCGGCCCCAGAGAGUAGUCCAGCUCCCGGACAUUGCAUGGGACCAAUACACCUCAGGCCGUGGCGACUUUGAAAGGGAGUUCUGUGACAAGAAGCGCCAAACACGGCAGUUGCAGUUAAUCUUUGACAAAGUGGGGUUGCCUGCUCGACCAAAAAGUCCUGUGGAUUCCAAGAAGGAGGGUGACUCCUCAUCCAUCUACUCCUCAUCCCUGCCAUCAAGUGAUGGUCCAGAACACAGCAUGUCCAGUAGCAGAAGUCAGAUGAUCAGAGGGAGGCUGUGCGACCAGAACAAACCUGACACCUUCAACCAGCUGUGGACCAUUGAGGAGCAGAAAAAGUUGGAGCAGCUGCUCUUGAAGUUUCCACCCGAGGAGGUUGAGUCUAAACGCUGGCAGAAGGUCGCAGAUGAACUUGGCAACAGGACUGCCAAACAGGUUGCUAGCAGGGUACAGAAAUAUUUCAUUAAACUGACAAAAGCUGGUAUUCCAGUACCAGGCAGAACACCCAAUGUGUGCAUGUACAGUAAAAAGCCCUCCAGUAAGCGACAGCACCACCUCAAUAAACACCUGUACAGGCCCUCGACGUUCCUCACCUCAUACGAGCCGCCCGUCUACAUGGAUGACGAGGACGAACGUUCACACUUCUUCAACAGCCUCCAGGAUAAUGAAGCAGAUGAUUCGGAUGAGGAUGGGGUUCCAGUGGAGCUGAGGCACCUGCCGGAGUAUAAGGAGCUACUGGAGCUGAAGAAACUCAAGAAACAGAAACUACAGGAGAUCCAGGCUGAGACCGCGGUCACGCAGCAUGUUGGCUAUAAGUGUGACAUAUGUGGCAUGCAGCCCAUCCAGGGUGUACGGUGGCAUUGUCAGGACUGUCCACAGGACAACGCCGUGGACUUCUGCAGUUCCUGCUCCAACUGUUUUUUCAAAACGGAGACCCACAAGUCCACACACAGAUUGGAGCCAGUCUGCCAGGCCGAAACCUUCCUGGACAAAGACUACUGCUUACCGCAGAGCACAGGCUACAACUACCUGGACCCCAACUACUUCCCUGCCAGGUCACAUAUAUGCUAA